AUGGAUAGCUUACUUUUCUCUAUCCUCGACGAGAUUCUCUUCAGAUUAAAUCCUAAAUCUUUGGCACUGAUGCGAUGUACCAAUAGAUUUAUGGAAUCUCAUAUAUCUGACAACUCAAAAUUCAAAUCUGAAUAUCUGUCUCGGUUCAAAUCUAGUCUGCUUCACAUCUCUAGAGGUGGCUCCAGGAAUCUGUGCUUCCACCCUUUGGGUGAUUUUAGGCUAUUCCAAAACAAUGAUGCUUUAGAGAAGCCGUGUCAUAUCCUCGGUUAUUGUUCUGGCCUUUUCCUACUCUUGAUUGAUGGAUGUUUCUGUGUCACCAACCCUCUCACGAAAAAGUUUCGAUUCCUGAAUCGCUCCGAGUGGGUAAGACCAAAAUGCAUUGGAUUCACGGUUGAUCAAAUCGAUCAAACCACACAGGGAUUUAAAAUCGUCCACAUAACCGUGCACUGCACUGCAAAUCCAGAUGAAAAGAUGUAUGAAUUUAAGAUCUACACUGUAGAUUUUUGGAGAUUGUCAAGAACAACAAUUACAUGCCUUUCAAGUGAUCUCAUGACAGAAAUGAAACCUGUUUAUUUGAAUGGCACACUUCACUGGUUGAGAAAAGACGGAAGCAUCAUAGCUUUCAAUCCCGGAACCGAGCAAGCACGACUGAUCAUCCCGAACAAACCCCACCUAGAACCGGGCACAAAACUCUUGCUCGGUGCCGACGAUAACCACCUAACAUUGAUAUCGGCGACCAUAGAGGUAAUUUACGUUUUUAUCCUCGAGAGUAUUCUCAUUGAUCCUAAAUGGAUCCUUGCAAGACAAAUCAAGAACGAGGCAGUGAAGGAAACUAUUACGUUGUCCUGGGACAUGGUAGCAUAUGACGGCAAGUGCUUAGUGGUGAGGACGAUGACUAACCUUGAGGAUGAUUACCGAGUGGUUUAUGGCUACGACUUGAGAGCGAACAAGUGGGGAGUCGUGGGUUCAAUACCAGGAUGGUGCGAUGAACCUCGAGACUUUUAUCAGUAUAAACCGUCGUGGUCUUCUGUUAUCGGACUACUGGAUCAGAAUGGACCAUAUCCCAGUCUCUUCUCCUCGGUAGAGGGUAUGAUGGGACUCAUUAAUCGUAAUAUGUGA